AUGACUUGUAGUGGUCGCAUAUUCAAUGUUGGGAAACCGAAUGAGAACUUAGCACAAGCAAGUAAUCAAGCUACUGUGGUCCCGACUGAAGAAGGCACAACCAAGGAUAAAGAGGUCGCUGACAAAGACGCUGAAGAAUUCUUGGCAUUAAUCAAGAAAAGUGAUUAUAGAGUGGUGGACCAGUUACACCAAACUCCAUCUAAAAUAUCAUUCCUCUCGCUACUAGUGCACUCGGAGAAACAUCGAGAUGCCUUGUUGAAGAUCCUGAAUGCCGCGCACGUGACCAAAGACAUCACCGUGAACCAAUUCGAUGGAAUGGUGGAUAAUCUUACUGCUAGGGCAUGUUUAAGUUUUAGUGAGCAUGAGCUACCCUCACAAGGGAAAGAGCAUAACAAAGCCCUGCAUAUCUCCAUACAGUGUGGGAAAGCUCAUCUAUCUAGAGUUCUGAUUGACACAGGGUCAUCAUUAAACGUGAUGCCUAAGGCCACUCUCAACAAAAUAGCCUUGGAGGGUCUGGUAGUUAGACCAAGUCGUCUAGUGGUCAAAGCCUUCGAUGGGUCACAAAGUCCGGUGUUUGGAGAGGUUGACCUCCCUGUGGUAGUUGGUCCCCAUACAUUUUGCAUCAAUUUCCAAGUAAUGGAGAUUGAACCUGCUUAUACCUGCUUAUUGGGACGUCCCUGGAUUCAUUCCGCUGGGGCAGUUACCUAUACUCUGCAUCAGAAAGUAAAAUUUGUGGAUGGAAACUCUAUAGUGACCGUCAAUGGAGAGGAGGAUAUAUUUGUUAGCAAUCUGGACUCGUACCGAUACAUCGAGGCCGAAGAAGGGGCAUUAGAGACUUCAUUCCAAGCACUAGAGAUAGCAACUGCUGUCACACUACCAAUUGAGAAAAUACGAAGAAUGGUAACAUCCUGGAGAGAUUUGCAAGACAUGGAAAUGGAAGGCUGGGGCAAGAUUCCAGAAGUACAAGAGAAGAGAGAUCGUCUGGGGUUAGGAUGCCAACCAACAAAGAAGGCUGCAAAGGAAGAGCAACGUUUCCCUCCAAUCGCGCAAACUUUUGUCACAUGCAGAUAUGAGCAUGUAUCCUUAAUAUCUAGCAUGGAGGGUACAUCCAACUUCAUCCGAAUGAUCAGACCAGGAGAAUAG